AUGGCGGCGGCGAAGAUCCGAUGGGGCGAGGUAGAGGAGGACGACGGGGGCGACCUCGACUUCCUCCUCCCGCCCCGCGUCGUCACCGGGCCCGACGAGAACGGCAUAAAGAAGACGGUCGAGUACCGCUUCGACGACGACGGCAACAAGGUCAAGGUCACCACCACCACCCGCGUCCGCAAGCUCGCCUGCACGCGCCUCUCCAAGGCGGCCAUCGAGCGCCGCAACUGGUCCAAGUUCGGCGAUGCCGCCAGUGGCGACGACGCGUCCGCGCGACUCACUGUCGUCUCCACCGAGGAGAUCUUCCUCGAGCGCCCACGCGCCCCAGGGAGCAAAGCUGAUGAACCAAGUAUUUCUGCUGAUCCACUGGCAACCAAGGGUGCUGUUCUCAUGGUUUGCAGAACCUGCGGUAAGAAGGGUGACCACUGGACCUCAAAGUGCCCUUACAAGGACCUUGCUCAAGCGACCGAUACUGUAGAUAGACCUACUAGUUCUGACGGACCUCAAGCACUGCCUACUAAUAAGGGAUCAUAUGUUCCUCCGAGGUUGAGGUCUGACGCACCGCAAGGUAAUGGGUCUGAGAUGAGGCGCAGGAACGAUGAGAACUCUGUCCGUGUGACCAAUCUAUCAGAGGACACCCGUGAGGCUGAUGUCCACGAGCUAUUCCGCACAUUUGGCCAGGUCAGCCGUGUCUAUGUUGCAUUGGAUCAGAAGACUGGAUCGAGCAGGGGCUUUGGCUUCGUCAACUUUGUCCACAGGGAGGAUGCUGAGAAGGCUAUCAGCAAGCUCAAUGGGUAUGGUUAUGAUAACCUUAUCCUGCAUGUGGAGUGGGCAACACCCAGGCCUAGUUAG